AUGGAGGGCUCUCGCGUCGCCUCGCGGCCGUUUCACCUUCCGCUCCUCGCUCUCUCCAGUCUCGUGUCUCUCCAGUGUCUCAUAUCCGUCUCGCUUUUCCCGGGAACCUCCCUCGCCGCCGCGCCGCCUCUAGACUCCAUCUCUCCUUCAGUUUCUUCGCCGUUUGCGUCCCCGUUCUUCUCUCCGCUCCUUGCUCCGGUGUCUCCGCGCUCGCCUGUCGCUGGUGCGCCGCUCUUUGAUGUCUCCCCGCAGUCCCCAUCCGACCCCGUUUCGCCCGCCGUGCGCCCGGAGACUUCCCAAUGGCCUCUGGCGCCCGGAGCGCCCGCGUCAGGGCCCAGACCGUCCUUCCUCUCUGCGGUUUCUCGCGCAGAACCCGGAAGGUUCGCGAAAGCCGCGCCUCGCCUCUCUCUCCUGCAGGUGCCGCUCGAAGUCACAGUGCUAGAGCACCGCGCAAACGGCGAGAUUGUCGAGCACCCGGGACUCGGGACCCGCCCCGCGACCCCGGCGCGGGGCGAAUCGGAGGGGAAAGAAAUCUUGGAAGAACUGGACGCCGCCGGGGCUUCGACCUCUGCCGUGAUCAGUCCAGGACUGAAACGCGCCUUGUCGGAGGAAGGCGACGACGAGGCAGGCUCUUCCGCCUCGUCUCCCGGAAAGACGCGAAGCGCUCAGAGCCGCGGCUUCCUUGGCGGAGCCCGGCACUGGCUGAAAAAGAAAAUCAUCGGGUUUUUCAUGCGCAUCUUCAACCCCACAAGUCUCAAGAAGAAAGGCAACGAAGCCGCAGCCAUCGACAAGUACCUCGAAGACCCGAAAAAACUUGACGCGGAGCUCAAGUGUGUGCGAAUUCGUGACGAAAAGGCGAGGACCAAGAAGUUCUCCGCGUUUUGCAAGAAGUUCAAGGGAUGGCCCAAGCUGAUGGAGCUGUGCACUCUCUUUUCAGGACGCAUCAAUCACAAAUUGGCCGACAACCUUCAGUGCAACGGCCUCAGCUUCCGAGAAUGCUUGGAAGCCAUCGAAAUUCCUCUCGUCCAGCCCUUUUUCACUCACAUGAACGAACUGACGGUCCACCACAUGAGCGGAGACGCUGCGAACAGCGAAGGUUCAUCUCCGCGGAGGCGACGAGGCGCGUUCGAUCCAAUCCAGAGAAUACCGGUCGGGCCUGCCUCCGUUCGGCUGGGCGAAUUCGUCGUUGGCGUCUCUGAAUCGGCCUCCGCCUAUGCAAAACAUCUGGCGUCUGACGAAGAUGGUGGUCCCGGCAGUUACCUCGCGCCCUCGUGUGUGUACCGCGAAGAAGUGUCGAGGAACGAGAAGACAAAGACCAGAAAACUGCAACGUGCAGGAAACAAAGGCCAGCGAGACAGGGUUCAGCACCUGCACAGUCUCUACAAGCUAGUUCACCUCGCAGAGUUCGGGACGCCCGCAGCUUUUGACGGGAUGUUCAUCGCGCUGUUGACGCAAGUGUGGACCACCAAAACGUGUCCAAAUGAGGUGCGGAAACUGCGGCGGAAGAAGCACCUUCUGAAGACGAGUGACGGGACGGUCCGAGUCUCCGGCGGCGACAUUUUCACCCGGGCGCUGAUCCUCAGCGUGGCCCGAGCCGCACUUCCUUCAGCCCGCGACUGCCUGGCGUCGCACCCCCCUUCGGGGAACUGCCUCGCCAUGAUUUUCUCCGUCAACAUGGAGCAGCCGUGGAAACAAUUAAUGCACCUCGUGGCGGGAAAGGACACAGCGGCCGCCAUCAAACUCAUUGGGGAACUCCCGCACAUCCUCCAGACGACAAUUCCCACGGCUGAAGCGCUCGACAAAGCCCGAGGCCGUCUCACGGAACAACUGCAACAAAUCUUCUCUCUUGUCAGUGGUUCAGGGCGAGCAGGCCGCAAGGUAUUGAACGUGAUUGCCAAGUGGAAAUGGCUGCUCAAGAUGAUUACAAGGCUGGUGUCUUUUCUGAGCAGCAUGCACCGGGGUAGUUCGGGGGCGUCCUCGGUCGCGGCGCGAGUCGGACAGAGACUGGCGGCGAAGGGGCAAAACACUCGCACGGGGCAUCUGGUCACGGAUGCGAUGCUGCUUGAAAUGGCGUCGCGAUCGGGAGCUAAUAUGAAUAUCGUGUGUGUAAUUAUGUACUUCCUGCCGGAAAUCAUUGCCAUGGUUCGAAACCGAUCUGUAGGCGGUGGGGGCUCGGAGGAGGAACCCCUGUUUUCCGGUGAUGAUGGAGAUGGCAAGGGUGGCAACGAAGACGGAGACAAUGAUGGCGACGAUGACGCGCUUUAA